UUAUGUUUGUGUUACAAGCCGAUAUACCGAUAUCGUUGACAAUUACAGUGUUGUUUUGACAUUGGUUCUGCCCGCGCACAGCGAGAUAAUUGCAUAAAAAAGCAAAACAAAUGUUAUUUUCAGACUUUUUAAUAACUAUUGUGUUGAAAUCAAUCGCGCGUGUAUACGUUGCGUCCACAGUCUGAUUCAUGCCAACGUCACACAAUAUCUACUCCAACUACUCACACAGUCGCAUACACUACACAACUCGCCUGCGUUUUGCUGCGCGGUUGGACGACAACGACGACCAGAAACAACCACAAAUUUUAUUUAUCAAAACGUCAUUUGCGCCGAACACUCGCUUUUUAUAGUCUCGGCAACGGGGAAAUUACAGUGCAACCGAAGGCGUUUGUUUGUUGUUAUAGUUAUUUUUUUUCGUGGAGACAACUAGUUAACAAUUUGUGCCCGCUGACAACGCAAGAGAAGCCUUAAAUUGCAAAUCAAAGUUGCCAAUUGAAAGAAGACAAAAACUUGUUGCUGCUCACUGCUGAGGCUAAGCGUCGGCAGCAGAGAGCAUUGUGAAAUUAAAUUUGAACGAGCGAAAACCAAUUAGAAAACUACAUUUGCCAAACUGGAGAAGUGGAAGAGAACUCGCAACUCCACAAAGAAGAUGGACAAACGCCAGAGUAGUCCAGUGGGUGCUUCAUCAGUAGCAACUGCAACACCAAAUGCCGAUAAGCCCACAGUUCUGGAAGGCGUGAUGUACAGCAUAUUUGAUGGACUCAUAGACAAGGAUGAGCACGUUCGCCAAGCCAUGCAGCAGGCGAUUGUGAAGAUCCUGGAGACGCACCCAUUGCGUGCCACGAUUAUACUGACUGAUUAUCGCGCCAAAAACCCUAAGCUUAGCGAACAAACUGUUUCCAUGCUAUUGGAUUGUAUCCAUAGAGUGCUAGGGGCAGACACUUCGCUGCCAACGGCUGCUAAUGAGAAGCUAAUUGCCUUGGCUAUCGAAGAGCUUACACGCAGCGUGGAUCAGCAUGUGCCAUUGAUACAGAAUCCCUCAUUGCAUAUACUGGUAUGCAUUGGCCGUGGCGACGAUUGCAAUCUGGUCGUUGAGGCACUGCAGGCGCACAGCGUCUCCUCGGGCAACGUGCCGCACUUUAUGCUAAUGCAAUGCCUCGGACAAAUGGCCAUGGCCAAUACAGCGGGUCUGGUUCCACACAUCAAGACAAUAUUAGCGGGCUCUUUGCCACAUUUGGGUGGUAUUAAGCAGGAUCAUGUAAAGCUCGCAUACGCUUAUGCAAUUGGACGCUUCAGUGAGGCGCUGUUAGAGCACGGGACCAAUACGCCCACUGGCGAAACAAAGGCAGCCGCCAAUUGCGCGACAGAAAUCAGCGUUGCCUAUGAUGUUCUCUUCAACCAGUGGCUACAUUCCCGUGAGCCGAAGGUGUGCAUGGAGAUAUUACAGGCGCUAUCCAGCAUGUAUCCGCUCUUACCUAGCGAUCGAAUAUUGGAUCAGGCGCCACGUUUGGUACCUCAAAUAUUAACGCUCUAUCGGCGUAGCGUCGAUCGCAAUGCCGUUACACAGUUCUUGUGCUCGGUACUAAAAACAAAUCUCUCGAUGCACGCCCAGGUGUUGGAUGGUGUGAUCGAUGCGCUCAUAACUCACCUAUUCGACCUGGUCUGCGUCUAUCCGGACUACGAGAAGCCACAAACAGUCAAGGGCCACUACGAGGUCUUGCGCUGUUUUCAUCUGUUGGCUGGCAACUAUGCAGCAAAGAUAAUGGACACGCUGCUCAUUCAUUUACGCAAUAACAGCGAACGAGAACGUAUCAAAUCGCUGCUCAUAUUGACGCACAUGCUCAAUAGCUGUGCAGUUCACAUUGAGAGUCGCCUCCAGGCACUCAUCGACUGCCUCAAGCAGCUGAUGCUAGCUGAGCGCAGCGUUAAAAUGAAACUAACACUACUUAAGACGAUUGUAGCCCUGGCACAGAAGUCACUCAUACGGGACAAGGAGUUCGUAUGGUUUGUGGCGCGGCAUAGUUGCAAAUACAGCAAAGUGAGCCAGGAGCACGGCACAUUGGAGGAGCAUGCCACUCUGGUACUAAGCUGUGAGAACGCUCUCUUCAUGUUGUCCUCAACAGUAGGCACAUUGGACGAGCUGCUAAAACGCGAGCUGCUGAACUACUUUCUGCUCUUGGACUACACUGACAUUUGCGGCAAUCUAGCAAAAUGUUUGGCCAGUUUGUUUGCCAAAUCACCGCACAUUGAGUAUGAUAUAGCCAGCGAUGAUGAUCAGCCAUCGUUGCCAGUGACAGUUGGUGUUGAAGGGGCGACAAGCACUGAGGAUCGUGGUGCGGCAGUUAAGCGCGGAAAGGUGAUCGUUCCUAGUGCCGAAAGCAUCUAUGCUCGAUGUCUAGCGUUGCUGGGCAAUCAACAGUGUAUCAAGCGAUCAUCGAACAUACUUAGCUUUCUCAAGUACUAUCAUCCGCAGUUAAAUCCGGCUCUGGAAGAGCUCUGGGGACGUCGCGUAUCCGAUAUGCUGUUGCACAUUAACAAGCCUCAGGCGUAUCUGCAGCAGCUGCAGGACUUUGUGAUGGAAACGAACGAGUUUCUGGGAACACGCGAUGAGCAUUUCCCCCAACGUUUGGCGAUCAAGCUAGCCGAUCAAAUGUAUUUGUAUCCCAUGCAGUUGCCGCACUCAGAGUGGCAGCUGCCCGAUCUGAGCGCCGAGCGUGGCAUGCUGUUGCAGUCGGUGGCGCUGACACUCUGCCAGGUGACAGACGUCGCCUGCAUUCAUACAAAGAUCGAUUUGAUUGUAACAACGGCGCGACAGGAGCGUCUUGACAAGCACGUCAAGCACGCAGAAUACGAGCGACGCAUCGAACCCUGCGCACGCGCCCUAGGCUAUAUAGCACGCCAGCACUUAGCGCAUGUGAUCAAAAAGCUGUCUGAACUGGCACAGAUGGGCGGUCGUAAGCAUUCGACGGGCUUCUUUAGUACCUUGCAUUUUAUUAAGGAUACGCACAAGGAGCUGGAGAGCUACAAGAGUAAUCUGCUGGUAGUAAAAUCCUUUGGACGCAUCAUGGAUGAAGCGGAUCCAUUGCAAUCGCUGCAGCAUCUGGAUGACGCCAUGCUCAAGUUUUUGAUGAUUCAGUUGGCCGACCACAAGGAUCAAACCAUUAUGUCAGCCAUAUUGCAAACCCUACUCAGCAUUUGCAAUCAGCUUAUUGUUACUAAAGAGCAGCUACCUGCGCCGCUCAAGCAUCGCAAACAAAUUAUGGAAACUGUCUUUAGCAUACCCAUUGAAUCGCCUUUUAAUGAUUUGCCCCUGCUGCCCACCAUCUUGAAGCUUGGCACAGAUUUCAUACGCAUCGGUGGCAGCGAUAGCUCCGAGUGUGUUGACGGUAGCGUUAUCUUUGAAAUAGCUUGUAAAAACUUUUUCGGGUGCGCUCGGCAGUUGAAAAUGAAGUUUGACUCGCAGGAAGAGGAUGAACACAACAGCUUUCUGGCCAAGCACCUGAAUGAAUCGCUGCCGCAGCUCAAUGCACUGGUACGUGCCAUUGUCGAACUGGAUGCAUCUCCCUCAACGCUUGACCUGAUCAUUGGCAUACUAGAGUGCUGGAUGAGAGACAAGAACUCUGAGGUGCGCAUUUGCGCGAGCCAUGUGCUUAAUAACACACUGGAUGUCUACAUUAAGUCUAUGAAAAUUGGCGGGUGCGAGGCGCCCUCAAAAUUCAACCAAACAGGUCAAAUGCUGGGCAAGAUUGUGCCGCGCUGCAUCGACUCGAAUGGCACUGUGCGCCAGGUUUCAGUAGACAUUCUGCAAAAGACGCUAGAGAUCGCUUGCAUCUACGAGACGUUGACUAUUGCAAGUAUCGACAGCAGCGCUGAAUGGCUGAAAGAGAUCGAAUCCAUCAAGGAGCACAUCAUCACGGAUGAGCCCAAACAAAUCUAUAAUCUAGCUGGAGAUAUUGCCAAAAUUAUAGCGCAACGCAUUUCCAGCUUUCAGUAUUUGCAAUUUUGUAAAACGUUGUUGCAGUCGCUGCGCGACCCGGAACAAAGCUCCACAAUUGGUGCUAGCGUUGUUCUGAAGUUUUUCAUACAGCAGAAGGGCUCGGAGCUAUUCCAUGCGAUACCCGAUUUGGUGAAGGGCAGUCUUUUGGCGCUGCAAUUGUGCGAGGUGCCGCGGGCCAAGUCUGGUGUUCUGAAGGCCCUGGUGGCUUUGACCAAACACCAUCCGAAGCUUGUGUGCGCGGAGAUGCUGCAACAACCGUUGCCGUACGAUGAGCAUCUGGUCGAAUAUUGGCAUCUAGUGUGCAAUGAUGCGGAGCUUACCGGGCUCAUGCUGGACAACUUUUUGCAGUUGCUAAGCGGCGCUGGCUUGUGCGAGACACAAGAUGGGAGCGGCUUGCCUAACGAUCGCCAAAGACUGGCCAGUGUGCAACCGUUUGCUAUAUUCUGUGCAAUGCAUGAGAUGAUGCCCUGCAAGGACAUACACGAUCAAUUGGAAGCUCGAUUUGCGGAUAUGUUCAGCAUGCUGUUGACUUCAUUAUCCAGCUAUACGAAUCUGGCCCCGCCCUUGCCUUUGGCACCGCCGGUGAGUCCCAGCCAACCAAACAAGUCGUCCAGUAAGUUUGGGUUUGUACCCAACAAAGAUCUGGUCAAACUGAAUCCCUGCCAAAUAGCGCUCGAAACGUUCCAAGCAUUCCUCAACAAUCUGGAGAUGGAGCAAAUUGCCACAGUGUUGACAGUCAACACGCAGCUCGCUGCCAGCACCGACUGGCAUAAUUAUAUUGAGCUGUUGACGCCCAUGGCCAUUGGGUUGGCCAAUCAAUUGCAGCUAACCAGUGCCGGAAUGCGUCAGCUGGUUAAUGCUUUAGGUAAAUAUGUGGCUUCGCCUCAUGAUGGCCAGCGCGUUGCAGCUGUUGGGCUAUUCUCGAGGCUGGUGCCGCUGAAGCCAUGCGGCGAGCUGGUCAGCUGUCUAAUGCUGAAUCUGGGUGGCGCUCUCAGCGAUCCCAAUGCUGUGGUGCGUGGACUUAGUCUGCAGGGCAUGGGCUAUGUGGGUCAGCUGGGCGACCAUGAGGCGCCGCGCUACUCAGAGAUGGCGAUUCAAGCUUUGCUCAAAGGUGUGGAUGAUACCGUCGGUGAUUGCCUUAUAAACAUACCGUUAGAAAGCAUGCGUGGUCUCUCCCGCAUACUACAGGCGCUGCCCAGCGAUCGGGUUGAGCCCUUCCAUGUUUCACUAGCGAUACGCAUACGGCCCUUUUUUGGCAGCUAUUCAAUGGAGAUGCGUGAAGCAGCAAUUAUUCUGUUUGGAGACUUGUGCGAGUCGAAGCAUGACGAUGGCAGCUGUUCGCCCACUUCUUCAAUGGAGGCAUUGCGCGAACAGCUCCUUGCUAAUCUUUUCCCACUGGUCCUGCAUCUGAGCGAGAAAGACCCGUCCAUUGUUAGCGCUUGCAAGGGCACCUUACGCCGCGUGUGUCGCUUGUUGCGUGCGGUGCGAGUUAAUGAGAUAGCCCAGCAGCAGCUGCUCAGUGAUACUGAUCAGCUCAACUACAACAGUUUCGUUGUCGAUUUUGUCAAAGUGAUCGCACUAGAACUCACGGAGCACAUCCAGGACUUUAUAGAUUCGUGCAUGCCCAAGAUGCGCAGCCAGUGGCCAGAAGUGCGCGGAAGUGCUGCCAUUGUCAUUGGUAUAUUGCAUAAUUUCCUUAGCGAACGGAAUGCACAAACCGAAUCUGUAGCCGGGAAGAUUGCUGUGCUGCUUAAGGAUGAGCAAGUGACGGUGCGGGUGCGGGCUGCCCAGGCUCUGGGCUAUUUCUUUGGAGAUAUAUAAAAACCAAUAUGCCCUUCG